AUGGGGUUCGGCCUCAACGUCGCGCCGAAGAUCCUCGAGAUGGUCGUGAAGUGGGUGACCAAAGACCUCGACGGCGUGGACAACUAUGUCGACGACUUGCGUGUGCCGGACUCCCAUGUGGCGGCCACGAUCCAGCAGCUCGAGCGCUACGGCCUGAAGUGCAAGCCUGCCGAGAAGCUCCCUACUGCUCGGGUGCUGGGCCUCCAGCUCUCGACUCAAGACGGCACGAUCAACUGGCAACGUCGCCGUGACGUCUGCCUGCAGCUACCAGAGGCGCCCACCAAGCGCGCCGUGUUCAGCUGGUGUGGCAAGCUCGUCAGCCAUUACCCCGUCUGUGCGUGGCUGCGACCGACGACGAAUUGGCUGAAGCGGAUGAUCGGCGAAUCCGUCGGCUGGGAUGUCGCCGUGCCACCUCGUCUGCUGCAGCUCUGCCGCGACCUCCAGACCCAAGUCAACGAGCACGAUCCGGUGCGUGGCGUAUGGUCGGUGCAGCAUGACGACGCAACGGAGUGGCACGUGUGGUGCGAUGCGUCGGGAAUCGCGCUGGGUGUCGUGAUGCAAGUCAACGGCGAGGUCAUCGAGGACCGCAGCUGGCUGCGCCCGGCUGACGACAAACGGCAUAUCAACAUCGCUGAGUUGGACGCCGUCAUCAAGGGCCUCAACGCGGCUGCCAAUUGGCCUGCGCGGAAGAUCCGCCUCCACACGGAUUCCAAGACCGUGCAUGGCUGGCUUCGUCAGAUCCUCGGGAACGAGCGCCGCGUGAAGGUUGGCGGGCUCCACGAGCUGCUCGUCAAGCGUCGGUUGCAGAUCAUUGACGACAUCGUCGCCACAGCUCGCCUUGACGUGGAGGUGGACUGGGUUCCGUCAGAACAGAACCUCUCCGACCAGCUCACGCUCGUUCCGACGUCCUGGCUGGCCUGCACAUCGGAUAACAGCGCGACGGAUGUUGCUGCCAGCCUCGCCAUCAUGCCGAGUCUGUCGAUGGCCCAGAUCCUGGCCGGGCAGGAGGACGAUGGUGCACUCCAGGCAGUGAAGGCCGUAGUGAUCGCUGGGGAUGACCUCCCGCCUGACAGCGGCUUCCGGAACAUCCGCGGUCAGCUGCAAGUUCAAGACGGCGUCUUACAGCGCAGCGUCAAGCUUCCGCCGAACGACGUCAAGUGCGUUCCUGUGCUUCCUGCUGCGCUGGAGGAGCGGGCCGUGCGUGCAGCCCACCAGGUGUCUGGCCAUAGUGGCUGGGAGGCGACGUGGCAGUUGCUUCGAUCCCAGUGCCAUUUCUUGGGCAUGGGACAGCGCUGCCAAGCGUUUGUGUCCGGAUGCAGCAGCUGUCAAGCCGCCAACCCACGCCGCGGAGAGGCGACCGAGCCCACUCCUCCGGUAUCAGCCAACGGCCCCUGGGAUGUGGUGCACAUCGAUACCCUCGAGCUCGGCGUUAACCGGUCCGGGCGUUACCACUGCGUGUUGGUAUGCGUGGAUGCAUUCACCAAGUGGGUCGAGGUGGUUCCCCUCAAGCGUCAUGACGGCAUCUGUGUGGCUAGUGCUUUCGUCGACGUGUGCUCUCGGUGGGGUCCUCCUCGCGUGGUUCGAUCCGACAACGGCACAGAGUUCAAGAACGCUGUCAUGUCUUCCGUCUACGAGGCGUUUGGCGUUCAUGUCUGCUACGGCGCAGCACGUCAUCCCCAGUCGCAAGGCGUGGCCGAGAGGUUCAACCAAACCCUGUUGCCCCUCGUGCGGAAGGUUCUGGAUGAGGCGCACGACUGGGAACAGGAGCUGGCGAUGCUCCUGUACUACUAUCGGAUCCGGCCACACAGCGCCACCAACGUCUCCCCGAUGGAGGCCAUGGUUGGUUGGCAUCCCCGUGGCUUGGUCGUGGAUCUGCCUCAGCACUCGUAUUCGGCUGGCUCAUGGGUAGACGACCUCCAGCAGCGAGCAGCGGCGAUGCGAGACUACACCGAGUCUGCGCUCGGCCGCUUCGACUUCAUCGACGAGCCGACACCGAGCCGCUUGACUGUUAGCGAUGCGGUCAUGCUUCGCCGGCCUCAGCGCUGCCAGAAGCGCCUAACCCCGUACGAGCCCGGUUGGCAAGUUAUGUCGAUCGUGGGCCCCUCGACGGUGGUGGUUCAUCGGGUCGACGGCACCGGCCGUGACAAGAUUGUGAAUGUCGACUUGUUAAGGCGUGCCGCCGAGGACGAUCUGCCGCCGCCGCCCGUCGCUCCGGGUGCCAGCAAUGAAGCCGAGUCGGGCCCUGUUCCGUCUCUGGUAUUGAGCGUUGACCCCGGUCACGCCGCCGCCGCCUGA